ACUGUCCAGUCCGGCGUCCGCCGCCGAUGGCCCCUCCCGCCGCCGGCGCGGCGAUCCCCCGCGACGCCCUCCUCCGCAUCGCGGCGCCGCUCCGGGACUCCCUCGCCGCGGCGCCCUACGCGCCUCCGGAGGGCUCCUCCACCUCCACCAAGUCCCUCCUCUCUUCCCUCCUCCCCUCGUCCCAUCCCCAGGCUCCGGCUGGCGGCGGCGGGGCCCGCAGCAAGGAGGCCGCGGGCCUCCUCCUCUUCUGCGCCGCCGCGCGCGCGGCCUCCCCGGAGUACCCCGCGCUGCACUGGGUUCCCGUGGCGCUCUCUGACGCUGCCGCCGCCGCGGUGGAGGAGAUGGCGGCGGCGGGCGGCUGGGGCGAUGUAGGGGAGAUGGUGGUGGGGAUGAUGCCGGAGGUGGUGCCGCCGCUGAAGGAUGUUGUGAAGGCCACGUGCGUGGACACGGAGGAUGAGGAAAUUGGCAAGGAGAAGCCGCCCAAAGAGCACGCCGUUGUCGCCGCUCACCAGUUCAGGUGGCUGGUGUCUCAGGUUACUUAUCCUAAGCUUGGCGACUUGUGUUGGCUAGUGAUUCCGUGUGCUUUGACUGCCUUGGACCAUUGGUCACCGGAAGUUAAGGAACAGGGAAUGGUUAGCUUCAUGCACAUAGCAAAGAGUGUGAAAGCAACAGAAUUAAAUUUGUAUGAAGAUGCAAUACUUGACGCAUGCUGCCAUAACAUUCCCGCCGAUGAUGAGUUGUGGUAUCGCGCUGUUGAGGUAUGAUCGUAUGCUAGCUGAGAUGUUGGGCCACCUGGAGCGGCAACCAUUAAAUAAAAAACGCCGUGUUGCAUGGCUUACCCUUAUUGGGCCAGUUUUUGAAGCUAUGGGCCUCUUCCUAUUAGCACAUUUUCGUCUCCUUUUCUCUCUCUUCUUUCAAUGGAUGCAUGCCGAUGAUGACAAGACAGUUCUUCUGGUAAGGAAUUUUUACAUAUCGUAGAUAAAAUAAACUUAUAUGACCAUUAGGUAACAUCAGUGAUACAUUCUUUUCCUUCCUUUUUCUGUAAGAUAACCAUACCGAUCAAGCUUAUUUAUGUGUUAACCAUUUGCAGGUCUUAGAGCGAAUCCAUGAAGUUAUUAAGCUCACAUGGAUCAGGAAAUCACCUUAUACUUCAAGGUAUUAGGAAAUAUGAGUUAUGAGUUACUUCUUUUAAUGCCCUCUUGCUCUGCUUGUUAUAAUAUGAUGAUCAAAAGCUUAUGUUAUUAGCUAAUGAAGGUGAGUUGCAACUCAUGCUGUGCAUAUUUAGGCUGGUGGAUGAGCUUGUCCUUUUAUACAAAGAGUCAGCCACAAGGAGCAGCCGUGAGGUCGUGUGGAAUCACAUCCUGGAAAUGCUCGCUACACUCCAGAAAUGCAAGGGGCAGCAAUUUGAGGAAGCUUGGAAGAAGCACGAAGUUGACCCAGACUUGACGAUGUUGCUAUCAUGUUUCAAUGAAUUAUGUACCAAAAAUCAUUCUUCCUGAUUUCCAGUGUGACUGGUAUUCUUGUUGUAAAUACUAGCUGUUAGAUGAAAUUGAGCCUUGAAAAUCUUGGCCGUUGGUCCCUUCUCUUUAUGAGAUUUCUUUA